AUGGAAUCACCAUCAAUGUUAGCACCAACGACGAAUGCCGUUAGUGCAUCAUCAACUGCAUCAUUUGUUCAUCGACAUUAUAUUUUAUUAAAGACACAUUAUUUUCUUUUCUUCUCGGCAUUCGGUAUACUCUAUCCAAUAUUGAAUAUAACAUUACGAAGCCGUGGUUUAUCAAAUUCGGAACUUGCCUAUAUCAAUUUAAUUGUUCCAUUUCUAGUCUUUUUUACAAAUCCAUUACUGGGCUUUAUUGCUGACCAUUCGCGUCGUUAUUUAUUAACAUUUAAUUGCAUUCUUCUCAUAGUAACAAUAUUGUAUGGCAUUAUGUUUAUUUCGCCAACUAUUAAAUCGCAUAAUAUCGACGCUAAUAUUAUCUAUGAUAAUAAAUUAGGUCGCGUGCUAGACUUUUGUGCUAGUCAAGAAGUAGCAACAAAAUGCUCGUCAAGAUCUGAAUGUGGAUGUUCCUAUUCAUCAUUUUGUAGAAAAGAUAAUUCACCAUUUAAUUUUACAUUUACAAUGAGUCCAAAUGAUACUCGUCUAGCAACGAUCAGUUUAGUGGACAUAAGUGCAUCGUCAAAAUGUGGCAUUCAAUAUCGAGUACCUGUGGAUAAAUAUUUAACUGGUGAUAAUGAGGAAUUACCUUAUCACAAGGGCAAUGCAUCUUCAUCGGACGCUUGUGAAAUAACAUGUUCAAUAGAUCAUUUUUGUCAUGGACCACGUCAUCCUCGGCAACUUCAUUACAUUCUUCUUUAUUCGCUUUUAUUUAUUAUUGGUACAAACCUUCUUUCAAUUGGAAUAACAAUUGGAGUAUCGAUUGGCUUUGCUACUUUAUCAAGUCCGGAAAUAUUCGGUGAACAACGUGUAUUUGGUACCAUUGGAUUUGGUCUAUCAGCUUUUCUUGCUAGUCGUCUUUAUGCACAUUUUCACUCGGAUUUAGUUUACAUUAUUAUGUUUUCUACAGCGACACUAAUAUGUAUUGGUAUAACAAGCCUUAUUCGUAUACAACCUCGUACACAUGAAGAAAACACAAAUGUUUCUGCUUCAAAAGACGAUGAAAUAGAAGCAAAAACUAAAACAAAAGCUCGAUUCAAAGCAGCUGCACUUAUUCCAUUAUUGAAAAACAUUGAUGUCAUCGUUUUUCUGUCGCUUACAUUCAUUUGGGGAAUGUCCUAUGCUCCUCUAGAUCCAUACGUGUAUUUGUACAUCGACGAAAUUGCUCCAUGUCAGUCGCAUUCUAUUGUUGGUUGGAUGUCACUAACAUCUGCAACAGCUGAAGUCAUGGCUCUUUUCAUCGCCGCACGAAUGCUUAAAUUAUUGGGCAUGAAUACAUGUUCAGUAAUUAUUUUAAUUGCAUUUGCAAUACGAUUUGGUGGUUAUUAUCUCAUUCGUCGACCCUAUUUUCUUCUAUUUAUGGAAACAAUGCAUUAUUUUAAUUUUGGUAUUCUUUAUGUACUCAUAGCUCAAAAAGCCGAUGCCAUUGCACCGCCUGGACUUGCCGGUACACUACAAGGUGUUGUCUAUGGAGUUUCAUUUGGUUUAGGUCGUGGUGUUGGCUUGAUCGCUUCGUCAUUUAUUUAUACACACUUUCAAUCAAGGCUUCUAUUUUUAAUAUUUGCAAUAUUUGAUGCUGUUGCUGCCAUUUUCUAUGGGCUUUAUUUUUUUUUAAGAAAAACAGAACCAAAGAAAACUCGUCAAAUGAAGAACAAUAUGAAUAUACCACAAAUCGUUAUCGAGCCUGAAACAAAUAUAAACGAAGAGCCAUUGUUAAUUUCGUCAUCGGCAAAUCGAGUAGACGAGGCAGAUUUUGAACAAUAG